UUGUGACUGACACGAGCAUUGAUUAAUUUUUUAUUACAGGAAAACAUUUGUGAUUAUAAUUUUCAAUAGAUAAUUCUUGAAAAUUUGCACUUGGAUUUACACAAUAUAUCUAUUACAAUAAAAAUCGAAUAUGGCGUUGGCACGUGUGCCUCAAUUACGUAUUGGACAGCGCGAUCUUAAAUGUCUGCAAGGAUGUGGAUUUUAUGGAAAUGAUAAAUUUGAUGGGCUCUGCUCCAAGUGUUUCCGUGAACGCAACGAAAAAAGGAAACGAGCUGAACAGAAUGCAGCCCCACCCCCCGCAACGAUUGUGACGAAUACAGUUACCAAUGCCAGUAGCUCAGCAGGGCGCUUGUCACCACAAAACCUGUUGGGGCGCUCACCAAACCGGAGACAGGAAAGUAUGCCAGAAAUAUCGACGGGCACACUUACAAAGAAAAAAUCAUUAGUGCCGGCCGUUUUCCAAAAAACGCUUCAAUCAAAUACGUUAAAAAGUAAAAAGCUAAAACAAGAAGGUCAACUAGGGCAAAGAUCAUAUGUGCCCGAUCCUACGGAGAGUCAAUUUAUGCUUCAACUUCGACAGCUCCGAAUACCUGAUGAUGGCAAACGUAAACUGAAAAGCGAAAUCCAGCGCCUGGAUAAUUCCAUACGCAGUUAUAUGAAUAAUAAUGCCAACAAAAGCGUUGACGAACUUUCCGAAAUGGUACAAAAUGCCUAUACUAAAUUAGCCGAUAUUGUGCACAAUGAUCAACGUUUUCAAAUUGCAACAAAUGAAGAUCGAGAAAGUGCAAUUGACUUCUUUGAAAAAGUAGUCAUGACUCAAAAUCACAAAUUCCUUUUUAGUCCUUACUUUACUCUCGAUGAAGAGAACGAUGUAAAAAUUCAAAAGCGAAUACGCCAACUCAGUUGGAUUACAGCAAAACAUUUAGUAUGCAGCAUUGACGAAGUUAAUGCGGAGUCGAGAGAUCUAGUCUAUAACGCUAUAACAGAAUUGGUGGGUAUCGAUUCAUAUUAUUCCCCUCAAGAAAAACUGGAAUGCACAGUCCGUUGCUGCCGUCACAUAUUCGAAUUACUAAAACAUUCGGUGGGCGGUCCAGCAAGUGCUGAUGAAUUUUUGCCUGCGCUUAUUUUCGUUGUUUUGAAAGCUAAUCCAGUGCGGUUGCACAGUAAUGUGAACUUUGUAACACGUUUCACCAAUGCAUCACGUUUAAUGAGUGGAGAAGGCGGUUAUUAUUUUACCAAUCUUUGUUGCGCGAUCUCUUUCAUAGAGAAUUUAAAUGGUGAAAGUCUGGGAAUAACGGAAGAGGAGUUUCAAUUACUAAUGUCAGGUGAUAAGGCAUUCAGUACACCGUGGGAAAGUGCUUUAUUGGCUUGUGAAGGCUUACAUUUGAUUUCAGAAAAUAUGAAGCGUAUGGAAACGUUGAAAAAACGAAAUACCAGCAUCACUACCGGUAUUGAUAAUUUUCGCAAGGAGCUCGAAGAAUUUCAGCGCGAGAUUACCGAUAAGGUUGAUGCUUGCAUUGCUAAGGCGCCACUAACAAUCCUGCCUAUUAAAACACCAAAACAUCUUAUCAGUAAAGUGAGGACGCAUCUCACAAACGGCAGUGCUAUGCCUUUACCAGCAUCCUUACAACUUAGCGGACACUAUGGUGCCAAUUUAAUAGCAUCUAUAGACACCGAUGGAAAAACUACGAAAGAUAACUCAAAAAAUCUACUACCCGCGCCUCUGAUGCCGAAUAGUACAAAAACCAUAAGGGAUAAUUUUGAAGAUGCAUCGCACACUUUGGCGCUUAAAGACACCAGCAUUUCAUCCAUUGGUCGGUUAUCACCCUUACCACCAGCUCAGUUAAACCCAGACCAGUUUACAUCUCCAAUUUUCAACUACACUCCUUUCGACGCCAUUUCAUUGUUGGACGACCAUUCAGAUUCGACUGAUGAUUUUAUAUUGAACACAGAUUUGCGAGGAGGCCUUACAAAUGUAAAUUAUGAUUUCGACUUAUCGGAUCACAGUGCUGAGAAUAGUACUGCAGAUGAUCUAAAAUUAAACUUGGAAGAGUUUGACCCUCUUGCACAAAGGCCAGUGGAUGAUCUGGUGACUGAUCAAAAAAUAACGGAUAAAAAUGGUAGCUUAAUUGAACGUAGUUUAUUGGAUAGUGACUCACCCACAAAUGGAACAUUGUUGCCAUCGCCGCUAAAACCCACUGUUACUGAUUACCGUGGUUUUUCGAGCUUUGAAAUACCAUCAAUAUCCUGUAACACUGGCGAUUUCGCGUCACUAAAUCACACUGUUAAUGAAGCAGACGUGGGUAAUUUAGGUACCACUAGCAGAGAAACCGAAUAUAGCAAAGCUAAGUGAUUCAAAUUUUAAAUUUGGACGGAUUCGUAUUGUUGCCCGCGGUGAUAUAUGUAUUAAACUAGUUUUUGGCUUCUUAUUGCGUAUAAUAAACUAAAUGCUAAUAUAAUUAAGUUUCCAAAGUUUUAAUUGUUUAAAGUAAAGGCUGAUAAUAAAUUUUUUAAAUAGGAACGCACUUGAAUUUUCCAA